UGGAUAGAGACAUCAUGGUGGACCGUAGUGGUUGUUGGGGAAGAGUAUCAUUUUCUGAUCUCCUUCUGAAUAAACUGGCCAACAUAAACUGUGUACAUAAGAACUAGAAUCUGUAGAAUCCUACAGAUUCGGGUAUAUAGUAACUGAUCUAUUCACCAAACUAACUAAUAGCCAAAUUUUCAGCUGGAAAGAUUGCUAAAUAACAUGUGAGAAAUAGUCAACAAUACAUGUGAAAAUAACCAUCAUAUACGCUAACUAGAAACGUGUGAGAACAUGAAUCUAGGAAACAAAUUAAUAAAUAAAAACAUGAGAGGAAUUAUACGAGUUGCAAGUCAUUAAUCACAUAUUUUAAUUUUUAACUGUGUUUACUCUAUAGUCUGUGCUGCAUAUUUUUUAUUAAAUUCUGUCAUCAUCUUUUUAUGUGUCCACAUUCCACUGAAUUUUUCAACAAAGGAAAAGUCAAGCCAACAACUAAAUACACUAAAAAAUAGCUGGAGUAUAGUAUAUUAUUUGAGCCUCUUUUAAUGUGUUCUUUGUUAUAAACGAAACACUUUUUAAAUGUGUUGCCUUAUUAUUAGAGGCUCUACGUUGGUUGAAGGUUGAAACAUUCAAUUUUCAUGCUGCAAGCAUAAGUAAAUCAGAAAAAGAACAAGUGUGAAAUCGGUUUUUCUUUCAUUGUUUGAUAGAAAAUAAUAGUGAGUGACGCUUUCAUUAGUGGAAAAUUAGUUAGUCCUGAGAAAAUACUGCCACAGGUGACUAUUCAAAUAUUGCAACUUGUUUGAAAAUUACUACCAAGUUUGAAUCUUUCAACUAAAAGAUUUAGUGAGGUUAGUUACAUAUUUCUUCUUCUUAUAUGAAUUAUCAGAUUUCUCAAUUCUUCUGUUAUCAUUAGUUAGUUUUUCUAACAAGAAUCUUUGUUACAUGGGGACUGAAACCGGUUUUGUUCCGGAAAUGACAGAAAACAUAGCUAUGGAUUCAGCAGAGAAGAGACUCAAUGAGCUUGGUUACAAGCAAGAACUAAGAAGAGAAAUGACUAUGUUCAAAACUCUGGCAAUAUCAUUUUCAACAAUGACUCUUUUCACUGGAAUCACACCUUUGUAUGGUUCUAGCCUUCAAUAUGCCGGCCCGGCAAGUCUUGUAUGGGGAUGGGUGGUUGUUUGUUUUUUCACUUGGUUUGUUGGGAUUGCAAUGGCUGAGAUAUGUUCAUCCUUUCCGACAACUGGUUCGCUGUACUUUUGGGCUGCUCAUUUAGCUGGUCCAAAAUGGGGGCCAUUUUCUUCAUGGUGCUGUGCUUGGCUUGAGACCAUAGGUCUCAUUGCUGGGGUUGGGACUCAGGCAUAUGCAGGAGCACAAACGUUGCAAAGUAUAAUCCUAAUAUCAACAGGAACAAAUAAAGGUGGAGGGUACUUUGCCCCAAAAUGGCUUUUCUUAUGCAUUUACAUUGGCCUUACUAUUAUAUGGGCAGCAUUGAACACGUUUGCAUUGGAAGUCAUUGCCUUUAUCGAUAUAAUUUCAAUAUGGUGGCAGGUCAUUGGUGGAGCAGUGAUAGUGAUACUGUUACCUUUGGUGGCACUGACUACACAAUCUGCUUCAUAUGUAUUCACAAACUUUGAAUUAGCCCCGGCUACAACAGGAAUAUCAAGCAAACCAUAUGCAGUGAUUCUAUCAUUUCUUGUGAGCCAGUAUUCCCUCUAUGGAUAUGAUGCUGCAGCACAUCUAACUGAAGAAACUAAAGGUGCAGACAAGAAUGGACCCAAAGCAAUACUAGGAAGUAUUGGCAUCAUUUCAGUAUUUGGUUGGGCUUACAUCUUGGCACUUACAUUCAGCAUUCAGGAUUUCGCUUACCUUUAUGAUCCAAACAAUGAGACUGCUGGUGCAUUUGUGCCAGCACAAAUAUUAUAUGAUGCAUUCCAUGGAAGAUAUCACAAUUCUGCUGGAGCAAUUGUUCUACUGUUUAUCAUUUGGGGUUCAUUCUUCUUUGGUGGACUUUCAAUCACUACAAGUGCUGCUAGAGUGGUUUAUGCCCUAUCAAGAGAUAAUGGAGUUCCAUUUUCAUUCUUAUGGCGAAAACUGCAUCCAAAGCACAAGGUUCCUACAAAUGCAGUAUGGCUUUGUGCAGGAAUCUGCAUUCUUCUUGGUCUACCGAUUUUGAAGGUCAAUGUAGUCUUUACUGCAAUAACUUCCAUAGCAACAAUUGGAUGGGUUGGUGGUUAUGCAGUUCCAAUCUUCGCAAGAAUGGUGAUGCCUGAGAAGAACUUCAAGCCAGGACCAUUUUAUUUGGGCAAGGCGAGUAGACCGAUAUGUUUGGUAGCUUUUCUAUGGAUUUGUUACACAUGUUCUGUAUUCCUUUUGCCAACUCUUUAUCCAAUAACUUGGAAUACUUUCAAUUAUGCACCAGUUGCUCUUGGGGUAGGUUUAGGUUUAAUCAUGCUUUGGUGGGUAUUAGAUGCAAGAAAAUGGUUCACGGGACCAGUUAGGAAUAUUGAUGAUCAAAAUGGCAAGGUGUAAUUCUUGAUAAUUUGAAGAAUAAUAAUUGGUAGAAUAUUCUUUAUUCCAUACUUGUUGCUUUUGACUUGUUCA